UAAUUCAUAAUACAGAAUUUUUGAAUUUUCCAAAAAAACAGCUACAUAAGCAAUGCAAAUUCACUUUAGUGUAUUAAACAAUAAUGGAAACUAUUGUUAUUAAAAAACGUACGUACGCACCUCGCCUUACCCGUGUGAGUGGUACGUCACUCUUCCCUGACGCAUGCCCCGCUCUCCCUUCGCCAAUGUCUGCUCAAACGCUCGACGCUUAGUCAGUCGCUUCUCGGAGCUCCUAACCGCGAUACGUGCGCAUACUUUCUCGCCAACCGCGUCAUUUAGUGCAAGUAAUCGUGAAGUGAAGAAGUAAUUCUUAAAAGCAUGGACCUGCCUCAACACUCCAACCGGCAACACAAAAUAGAGACUGUAUCUGAAGCAAUGCCAGAAGACAGUUCAGAUGCCAAACCUAGCAGUGUUAAGAGUGGUUCAUCAUCAUCAAAUUGCCCAAUAUGUCUGGGCACUUGUGAACACAAAUCAUUUACUGAUUCCUGCCUUCAUCAGUUCUGUUUUAAGUGUAUUUUCACUUGGAGUAAAGUCAAAACAGAAUGUCCACUUUGUAAACAAAAUUUUAAAUCCAUUAUCCACAAUGUAAUCUCCAGUCGUCGGUAUGAGCGAUAUAUGGUGGAACAGCGGGAAGAAGAGGAGACAAUUGAGAGACUGGACAAUGACGGUCCUUAUAUGAGGAAGUUCACAUACAUGACGACGUUGACGCUUUCGCGACAUGAGGGCAUCACUGUCCGGGAUAUUCUGGCGCAGUGCAUGAUGGCGGCGGAACUGUACCCGCCGCCGGCGCCGGAGUCGGGAUCAGCGUCGGCGCCCCACCGUCGACCUCCGCUACCCAUCUUCGACAUAACUAUCGAAAAAAUGUUACAAUCAAACACUGAUGAUGAUGAUGAUUCCUCCGAACCCAAGUAUAGAACGCGUGAGGUAGUGGACUUAGACAUAGUGGUGGACGGUGACGUUAUUGGACAAGAUACUGUGCCAUCGGAAAUAACAGCAAACACUCGAGAUGCUCAAAAAAAUCGGCCUAAGCCAUCAGUAAAGUUAACUUCGAAACGUCGCAUAAUAUACGAGAGCGAUGACUCGGACAGCGACGAAAGUGUGAUCCGACCGCCGGCCGUGCGCCGUCGCCGUCGCCUGCUCUCUGACGACUCCACCACCACCAGCGACACCUGCCGCACCACGGCCUGUAUAUCAUUGAUGAGCCCAUCCACCGAUGCCACAUCCACUAGCGACAACUAUAAUGAUUCUUCUAGUGACAGUGAUACAUCGUCUUCUAGCAGUAAAAGAAACAAAAUGCUGAAACGAAAAACUAAAUGAAAACCUUAUAAAGUAUUGGUACAGGGAAAGACGAGAAGAGGAGUAAAACAAAACGCACCACAUCACGGAUCCAUUGCAAAGAUGAGCAGCAUAUCCAAUAAUCACAAACACAGGCCUAGAAGAGAGCGCAAUCGACGGCCGACAAGAUGUGAGAGCAAAAUACUGAAAAAUGUCGUUAAUGUUGUGUACAAUAAAAACAAUGGUGAAUCAAGUUCAAAUGAAACAUGUAAGGUUAUAAAUAGUGCCAUAACAAAUUCGAAUCUUUAUACAUUACCUGAAAAAGGUUUAGCUGAAGAAAAACCUUCCUCAGUUAUAAACUGAUGAUGAGAAGUAACAUAGAUUCCGAUUUAAAAGAUAUAAUCUUCUGCUGAAUUUGAUUGUACAGAAAACAUCUUAAUGGUGGAUUUUAGUCAAUGGCAAUGCAAACAAUGUGAUAAAGUAUUUUUUUUUUUAUUUCUUUCCCUUUAGGUUUAUCAAUGAUGUUGUUUUAUCAAAUUUAGUUUGCAGUUUGUGUUUGCACUUUAAUUUG